GGAUAAAUAGGGGUUAUGCACUGGGAGGUUUUGGAUACAGGGAAUAUCCCGAGGGAUAUACAAUAUAUCUUCCCGAGGGACCGAAGGGACCAAGGGAAGAUGUAUUGGAUAUCCCAAAGGAUAUUUCCUGUAUCCAAACCGACCGUGCAAGAUGGCCGCCAGCUAAAGUAAAAUAAUAUUUUGGUCCACUAUUUUAUUAAUUUACUCAGGACUUACAGUGGAUACACACAUAUAUAUGGAUAUAUCAUUACUAUAAACUAUACAGGCACAUAUUAUUGAACAUUUUGGAACACUAUAUUGAACAUUGGAGCCACUAUGAGUCAGCAAAACAUAAAGGAUUUUUUGACUGAGGCACAUGUGCAGUUGAAGUCGCAACCUUCUGAUAUAUGUACAGAAGCUGCAAGUAUCGUAACUGUGAGUAGUACCCCAGUGUCAUCCUCUAAAGCAUCUAUGAUGCCCCCAGCUAAAAGGGACAGAUUUGAAUCGAGUUUUGAUAGUUUUGUAUCCCAAGAUGGUACACCAACAAGUUCUGUUCAAGCCUUACAAAACAGCAUGCAGGAUUUCAUGUCUAAAAUGUCCCUAGAAGUCUCAAAUAUACAGAUAGUGGGGGGAAUUUAG